AGAACGCAGGGUCACCUUCUGUCACUGCAAGGGGAAAUACUGAAUAAAUUGCAGCACAGGCUGUUGGGUUGUAGUGCACCUCAGCGGCAGCAGCAUCUCUGGUGAUCUCCUGCAGGGGACCAACAGCUCUCUCUAAGGUUUAUGGAAACCUGACCUCCUAUUUGGAGGAGAAGUGCAUGAGGAACCCAGCUCUGCUGCAGAGAACAGGUUUAGUCAUUAGAGUGAUUUGCCACAUCCAGGAAAAUGUCUGGCUCCUACGAUGAAUGUGCGGGAAGUGACGACACUAUGGACAGCUUCUGGGAGGUGGGGAACUACAAACGUGCUGUCAAGAGAUUUGAUGAUGGCCAUCGGCUCUGCAAUGACCUCAUGGGCUGCCUGCAGGAACGUGCCAAGAUAGAAAAAGCUUACGGUGAUCAGCUAACUGCCUGGUCCAAGAGAUGGAGACAGCUCAUUGAGAAAGGCCCACAGUACGGCUCUGUGGAGAGAGCCUGGCUGGCUGUGAUGACCGAGGCAGAAAAGGUGAGCGAGCUACACCAAGACGUGAAGAACAACCUGCUGAACGAAGACGUGGAGAAAGUGAAGAACUGGCAGAAGGAAGCCUAUCACAAGCAGAUGAUCGGAGGCUUCAAAGAGGCCAAGGAGGCAGAGGAGGGCUUCAAGAAGGCUCAGAAACCGUGGGCCAAAAAGCUCAAGGAGAUGGAGGCAGCUAAGAAAACGUACCACAUGGCCUGCAAGGAGGAGAAACUGGCUGCAGCCCGAGAGGCCAACGGCAAGACUGAGGCUUCUGUCACAGCCGACCAGCAGAAGAAACUCCACGAGAAAGUGGACAAAUGCAAACAGGAUGUGCAGAAGGCUAAAGAGAAGUAUGAGAAAUCUCUGGAGGAGCUGAGUAAGUGCACCCCGCAGUACAUGGAGUCCAUGGAGCAGGUGUUUGACCAGUGCCAGCAGCAUGAAGUCAAGAGGCUGACCUUCCUCAAGGAGGCCCUGCUGGACAUCAAACGCCACCUUAACCUCACCGAGAACGCAAGCUAUGCCACCAUAUACAGAGAACUGGAGCGCACGAUCCUCGCCGCAAACACACAAGAGGACCUGAAGUGGUUCAGCAACAACCACGGCCCGGGAAUGCAUAUGAACUGGCCUGCAUUUGAGGAAUACAACCCAGACCAGGCCAAUGCUCCUCCAAAGAAGAAGAAACCAGACGGAGCCCCACCCACUCCAAGCACCGACCAUGUGGCUCCACCUGGUGACCGCAGCAGCGUGAGCAGCUACGAGAAAAACCAAGCUUACUCGACUGAGUGGUCCGAUGACGAGCAGCCCGCUGCUUACUCUGGAAACGAAAACGGUGGAAACGGGAAUUCUUUUGAAGAUGAUUCUAGCACUGGGAGAGGGGUCCGUGUCCGCGCUCUCUAUGACUAUGAAGGCCAGGAACAAGAUGAGCUCACCUUCAAAGCAGGUGAUGAACUGACCAAGACUGAGGACGAAGACGAACAAGGCUGGUGUAGAGGUCGUUUGGACAACGGCCGAGAGGGACUGUACCCAGCCAAUUAUGUCGAGCCAAUCUAGUCACGCUACUGGACAAGGACACGCCAUUGGAGGCAGCCUGAACUGUCCCGUCCAAUCGCACCGCACAUAGCCAGAGACUUAAGAGCAACACAUCCCUUGCCCAACAGAUGCGCCAAGCAGUCUUGCCUAAAUAAAAACUUAGUAACCUAAAAA